AUGAAGAAAAUGCGCAUGUCUAUCGACGACAUCCAUGCGAUGGUCGGAAGCAUCCGCGCUAAUGUUGUCAACAUGCGUGUGACCAACAUCUACGACAUUCAGGUUGAGAGUGAGAGUGGUGCAGCUAAGACUUAUAUCUUAAAACUGCAUCAACCUCCAUUUCCCAAAGUUUUUCUAUUGCUUGAAUCAGGUGUGCGUUUUCAUACAAGUAAAUACGCUCGUGAUGCUAAAGCCGGGAGUGCACUACCAAGUCAAUUUACGAUGAAACUUCGCAAGCACUUGCGUGGAAAGAGGCUAUCAGCACUCACACAAUUAGAGGGGGAUCGUGUCGUAGAUUUUACAUUUGGUCAAGGCUAUGAAAUCUUUUUUUCAUCUAAUUCAAAAGAAGAGAAGAACGCCUAUUGUCCACUGAGUGAUGCCCAUGAUAAGUGUCAGCUGGCGUCGUACAGCGUGAGCACAUGCGUUGCAUUUCAGCAGAUGAUCUCAUUAACUAUGUUUGGUCCGGGAUCUGUAUAG